AUGGACAGGCCACGCACCAGCUCCCAGUCCGACGUCAAGGGCGACGACGCCGCCGAAAAGCCACGGCCCGACGCAGACGUCGCCGUCCUCGAGCUGGCGCCCGCCGUGCCGACGGCCGAAGCCAAGCCCAAGAUCGAGGAGCAGCUCGUCGAGGUCUUUAGCAACGUAGAGGACGGCGGCCACGGACCCAACUUCCGCGGCGUCUCGUGGCAAGCGGCGGCGGUGCUGGUGGCCAAGUACCAGUUCGGCAUCGGCGUGCUCGCCAUCCCGCAGACGCUGAGCGUGCUCGGCUUCGUGCCGGGCCUCGUCUCGCUCGUCGGCAUGAUCCUCGUCACGGGCUACGCGGGCCUCCAGGCGGGCUACCUGCGCAACACGCACCGCGGCAUCUUUAGCAUCGGCGACGUGGGCCAGCUCCUCUUUGGCGCCGCCGGCCGCGAGUUCAUCGGCUGGGCCUACUGGGUCUUUAUCGCCCUCUGCACGGGCGCCACCUUUGUCACGUUCUCGUCGGCCAUGUACACGCUCUCGGACAACGCCGUCUGCUCGCUCGUCUGGGCCGUCGUCGCCGCCGUCAUCGUCGUGUCGGUGCAGACGGCAACGCGCACCAUGAAGCACAUGGGCAUCGCAGGCUACAUCGGCCUCACCAGCGUCUUUGUCGCCGUCUGGACCGUCGUCAUCGCCGUGUGCGCCCAGGCGCGCCCCGCCGGCGCGCCCGCCGGCAUCGACGACUGGGGCAUCCGCGCCGUCCAGCGCCCCACGUUUACGGCCGCCAUGACGGCCGUCUGCACCCAGCUCCUCUCGCUGUGCGGCACGGCGACGUUUUUCUCCAUCAGCGCAGAGAUGCAGCACCCGCACCUCUUCACCCGCUCCGUCGUCGUCGGCCACGGCUUCGUCGGAACCAUGUACCUCGUCAUCGGCUGCAUCAUCUACGGCCGCAUCGGCGACUACGUCGCCUCGCCCGCCCUGGCCAGCGCCGGCGUGCGCAUCGCCAAGGUGGCCUACGGCCUCGCCCUGCCCGGCAUCCUCAUCACGGCCCUCAUCUACGGCCACGUCGGCGCAAAGUACACCUUUGUCCGCCUCCUCCGCAACACGCCCCACCUAGAACGCAGCACACGCGUCCACUGGCUCACCUGGUUCGCCUCUCUCGCCCUCCUGGCCGUGUUUGGCUUCGUCAUUGCCGCCUCGGUCCCCUUUUUCGGCGACCUCAUGGGCCUCAUUGGCGCCGUGUGCGGCAGCGUCUUUAGCGUAAUGGUACCGGCACUCACCAGCAUCUACCAGCGAGCCGCCGCCGUCGUCGUAGAGGAGGAGGAGGAGGAGAGGGACGCCGACGACGACGGCGGGGAGUUUGCAACGGCGCGACGACGAGCCAAGCACUGGUUCCGACGCGGCGCACCCGGCGCCUCGGCGCGCGCCUCGACGCCCCUCGGCUUUGCGAGGGCCUCGGCAGACUACCUCAUCCUCGUCCUCGGCGCCUUUCUCCUCGUCGCAGGCAGCUACAGCGCCGUGCGGAGCAUCAUCGACUCGUACAGCACCGGCGCUGUAUCCCGUCCGUUUGCCUGUAGAGCCUGA